AUGGCCCAAGGAUUGGUGACAUUCAGGGAUGUGGAAAUAGAGUUCUCUCAGGAAGAAUGGAAGUAUCUGGAACCUGCCCAGAGGGACUUGUACAGGGAUGUGACUUUGGAGAACUUUGGUAACUUGGUCUCACUAGGACUUUCCAUUUCUAAGCCUGAUACCAUCUUCUUAUUGGAGCAAGGGAAAGAACCCUGGAUAAUGGCAAAUGAUAUAACGGGACCAUGGUGCCCAGACCUGGAGUCCAGAUGUGAGAAAUUUCCACAAAAAGAUAUUUCUGAAGUACAGACAUUCAAUUGGGAGCUAAUGAAAAGCCUUAAAUGCUGUAGUUUUGAGAGCUCUAGUUUUAGAGAAGACUGGGAAUACAAACGCCAAUUUGAAAGACAACAAGUAAACCUGGAAUGCUAUUUCAAGCAAGUAAAAAUCACAUAUGAAAACAUACCCAUUUUUGAACAUCAUGUAUCCCUCACUGACAAUCAGAGCAAUGAGACUGGAAAGAAACUGAUUGAAUGUAAUGAACGUGGGAAAGCAUUUAGCCGUGGCUCACACCUUAUUCAACAUCAGAAAACUCAUUCUGGCGAAAAGCCCUUUGAAUGUAAAGAAUGUGGAAAGGCCUUUAGUCGAGCCUCACACCUUGUUCAGCAUCAAAGAAUUCAUACAGGUGAGAAACCUUAUGACUGUAAGGAAUGUGGGAAGGCCUUUGGUCGUACCUCAGAACUUACUCUGCACCAGAGACUUCAUACUGAUGUCAAACCCUAUGAAUGUAAACAGUGUGGAAAGACCUUUAGACAGCAUUCACAACUUAUUCUGCAUCGAAGAACCCAUACAGGUGAGAAACCUUAUGUAUGUAAAGACUGUGGUAAGGCUUUUAUUCGUGGCUCACAACUUACUGUUCACUGGAGAAUUCAUACAGGGGCUAAACCCUAUCAGUGUAAAGAAUGUGGAAAGGCCUUUAGACAGCAUUCACAACUUACUGUACAUCAGAGAAUUCACACGGGGGAGAAACCCUAUGUAUGUAAGGAAUGUGGAAAGGGCUUUAUUCAUAGCUCAGAAGUUACUCGACAUCAAAGAAUUCAUUCUGGGGAGAAACCUUAUGAAUGUAAAGAAUGUGGAAAAGCCUUUAGACAGCAUGCACAGCUUACUCGACAUCAGAGAGUUCAUACUGGUGACAGACCCUAUAAUUGUAAGGACUGUGGGAAGGCCUUUAGUCGUAGUUCAUACCUUAUUCAACAUCAAAGAAUUCAUACUGGUGACAAACCCUACAAAUGUAAGGAAUGCGGGAAAGCCUUUAUUCGUGUUUCACAAUUGACUCAUCAUCAGCGAAUACAUACUUGUGAGAAACCCUAUCAAUGUAGGGAAUGUGGAAUGGCCUUUAUUCGUAGCUCACAACUUACUGAACAUCAAAGAAUUCAUCCUGGUAUCAAGCCUUAUGAAUGUAGAGAAUGUGGACAGGCCUUUAUUCUUGGUGCACAGCUCAUUGAACAUUAUAGAAUCCAUACUGGUUAG